AUGGUGACUUCCGGUUUUCUGCUUACUGCUGGGAACUUGGCCACGGCAUUCGCAGACAACAUCUACGUCGCCAUAGUUACCUAUGGCAUUAUUUGUGGCCUUGGAUUAACACUUGCUAUGUCAGCGUCAUAUGUGACCAUUGCUUUCCACUUCAAAGAGAAAAGCACUAAUCUUGCUCAAGGAGUAAUUCUUGUCGGUGUCGGAUUCGGAACUCUUGCCUGCUCCUUUCUAUUACAAGUGUCACGUGAUCACUACGGCAUCGCGGGAAUGUUCAUUAUUAUGGCGGGGAUUUCUGCGAACAUUGUUACAUGUGCAUACAUUCAACAUAGCGGCUUUACAGCAAUGCAGUCUACAUUUAUAGUGUCUUUGACAGGAAUAGUCAGUAUACCGAGUAGAUUACUGACAGGGGUGUUAGCAAAUUUUUCGGCCGUCAAUGAAGUAUACAUAUACAGUGUGACAAUAUGCCUUCUGGGUAUUGCCACAUGUCUUUAUCCGCUUAUGGCCAACGUCUACAGCGGGCAUGUGGUGUAUGGAACUCUGGUUGGAAUGUUAUACGGGUGCUGUCACGUGGUUGUGGUUGCUAUCAAUAGAAGAUUUGUCAGUACCCACUUUAUUUCGGCAGCUUUGGGCGUUGUACACUUCGGCAAUGGAUUAGGCUCUGUUUUAGGUCCAAUUGUAGGAGGAAUUGUUCUCGACAGCGGGUUGACUUAUACCCACAGUAUGUUUAUUGCAGGAGCCAGUUUACUUAUCAGUUCAGUAUUUGGAAUUAUUCUGGUGUGUCUUCCGAUCAAGAAAUUUCCACAUGUUCCGAAUCCGCCUCACCAAAGCGGUUUGAUGGAUGAGAAUACAGAAAAUGAAACCCCGUAUCUUUGA